AAUAAUUUUGUUGGUUUUAUCAUUUUCAGAUCUCUCUGUCUCUUCAAAACCCUAAUUCUACCAAAUUCAGUUUGAGCCUCGAAAAACCUAUCUCUCUUCUCUCUGUCCGCAUCCUCUCUCUAACCAUUUCGCCCUUCAAAGCUGAUCUUCCAUCGUCGUUAUUGUCAUCAUUGACAACGUCGCCGAAACCUAGCCGCUUGUCUGGUUUUGAACUUCGUGCAAUCACGGAACUGGGGCUGUUGUAAUGAUGUCUCCUGCAUCCCGAUCCAAGUCUAAAGACAAAAAAGCUAGCAAGGAAGCCCAGAAAGCUGCUGCAAAGCCUACAGGAUCUGGUAAUGCAGUAGCUGGUGUUCCAGCCAGUGCAUAUAACCCCUUAUUAGGAACAUUCCAUACACUGGACAUUUCGCAGACACCUACCUCACCUAUACAUGCUAAUGGUCGAUUUCGGAACAUAGAUGAAACAGAUGAGCAUCCUGUCAACUCAGUGGUUGCUGGUGUUGAGUAUGAUUCUGUUUCUAACAAUGGUAGUUGGUCUGGUGAGUCCGAGGAACAUAAAGAGAAAAGUUCUAAUGCCCCUGUUCGAUCAGACUCGGUACCAGGAGCUGAUAAUGACAAACGAGAAAAAAUCCGCCAGAAAAAUGAGAAGAAACAUCAACGUCAGAAAGAAAGGCGAGCACAGGAAUUGCAUGAGCGGUGUACUGGUUAUCUUAUGUCAAGGAAACUGGAGGCACUUUCUCAGCAGCUUGUUGCAAUGGGCUUUUCUCAUGAAAGAGCAACAAUGGCACUGAUAUUGAAUGAAGGUAGGGUUGAGGAAUCAGUAGCGUGGCUGUUUGAAGGUGGUGAAGAAGCAGAUGGUAACAAGGAUACAAACAUACGUAGGGGCAAUUUGAAAAUUGACAUAUCAGAUGAGCUAGCUCAGAUCGCAGACAUGGUAACCAGGUAUGAUUGCUCGAAACAGGAGGUUGAAAGAGCAGUUGUUAACUGUGACGGUGAUCUUGAUAAGGCUGCUGAAUCCUUGAGAGAGUUGAAACUUGAUCCCCCAUCUGCUCCACCAAAGCCAGAGGAAACAGGUGAUCCUCCUAUCAAUAAUAAUGUUAAGCAGUCAGGAGUUGCAAGUCAGAGCUCAAGGCCACAAACAAAACCUGUUCCUUUACCAAAUCAACCCAAAAAAGAUGACAAGGAAUUUAACUAUACAAAGGCUGCAAUAACAAUUGGAGUCCCUUCAGAUUCCAGUAGUAGAAAUGUGCAACCUGUAAAGAGAAUACAACCUAAGUCUGAAUGGGUAAAGCCCCAACAGGCUACUGUACCAGCUGAUAAAAAGUGGCCAAGUUCAGGAUCUAAUUCUUCUGUCUCUUAUUCCCUGCAAUCACCUCUACAAAUGUUAGCCCCACCUGCUAAGUCUGAAGCUCGAUAUGUGCCUGUUGGAGGUGAGUUUAAGAACCUUCAACCUGUAGCAUCCAGGGAACCAUUAAUCAUGAUGCAGCGGCCCCAAACUAAACAAGUUCCAGCCACAACUAUGAGUUCAUCGCCUCCUGGAAUAGCUGCUAAUUGGUAUACAACUAAUGGUCCAGAUGCUGUGAGAUCUAAUGGUUUUUUAUCUCAUGCCCCGAGCACUAGAAGCCCCAGUCCAAACUACCUUAGUUCUAACCAAAGGUACCACCAACUUCAGUAUCAACCUCAACAACAGUUUGUUGGUGGCAGCAGCAAUUCAGUAGAUCACCAAGCAACCAAUAGCAAUUGGAAUAGAACAGGUGCAACUCCAACGCUUGCUGCUGCUACUUCUCUAGGACUCUUUUCCGGACUAGGAUCAGCUGGUCAAUCAGGGGCAACCUCUGCAGUUGACUGGAGCACUGGUGGGUCGGUGCAGUUUGAUUAUACUAACAUAGACUGGUCCUUGGAUAGAAGUUUAGCUUCACCAAGGUCAAACGGUUUAUGGCUAGGAUUUUCGCCAUUUUCAAAGAGUAAUACUCAGAUGUAUGAGUCAAAUGCUUCAGGAGUCGUUGCUCAAUCAUCAACGAGACCGGUUCCAUCAAAUGGGAGUAUUGUUGUUCCCUUGCCUGGACUGCAAGAUGGUGCAGUAGCUUCUUCUGAGACAUCUGCUGCUUCCCGGGACUGGGGUUCUCCAUUUGAAGGGAAUGAUCUUUUUAGUUUACCGAGACAGUUUGUUUCUUCUCCUACUCUGUAAAAUGAGGGGAGAAAGUUGAAUGAAUAAAAUGAAAAAAAGACCCAAAAAUGUGUGUGAUUUGAUGUUGCCUCUGAUGAUUCUACUGUUGAUGAUUGUUGGUAGUAAGCUUUCAGUGGGUGAACCAUCCGAGAA